UUGACUGAUCAAUUUUUAACAGAGGCAACCUGGAUCAUGGGACGGCGGUCCCGAUCGUCCAGACCGAUUCGGGACACAGGGGGGCCCAAACAGGUUGGAUAUAUACAGCGGCAACCUGGAUCAUGGGAGGGCGGCCCCGACCAUCCACAGAUCAUGGACGACUCGGGGCCCGAAAAGCUUGGAGACACGCCACGGCUCCUCUUCCCAAUCCAAGCUUUUCUUUUUUUUGGGGCAGAGAAGUGGUUUUGA